AUGUCAUUAGAUGCUGAUAUCGAUCAAGAAUUGUGUUCAUCGGCAUCGCCAUCUAGACGUCAUUUUCUUAUUGUUCCUUCAUUUAAUCCUGAACGUCGACAUUCAUGGGGAAAUGUUAAGUCAAUCACGAGUGUCACCAACAGUCCCCCACCGCCGGUCAUUUCGAUCACACGAUCGUCAUCAUCGUCAGACGUAUUAACUCACACUAUUCGACCAUUUCUUGCUAAACGCAAAAAGAAAGUCUUGUCAUCACCAUUCUCGCAAUCCCCUACCUCCUUUUCCUCAACAACGAUCCGCUCCUUUCCAUUUCGAUGUUGCGGCGCGAGAAAACGUUCAAGUCAAAUACCAUCGGUCGAACAAACUUCUACGACUGUUUAUACACGUCGAAAAAGCUCGACACCAAGUAUUUCAUCACGUCCACUUUCAACUUCAUUGAUUCAAAAUCAUCAAAAUACAUAUACAAAGACGGCAACAACAUCAACAACGGCAAUAACAAUAUCAACAAAACCAACGAAAAAACGUUGCCGACGUGGUGGAAUGGCAUCGACUUGUACGUCGUGCGUUUCAUCGAAUAAUAGUCGACGACAAAGUUCAGUUACAGACGAUGUUACAACCGUCCCUAUCCAUUCUUCCCCAGAUCCUUCAUCUCGAACUCCACCUUUACUUGUUCGUCUUGGACGAAUUAUAUUAAGACGACGGACACCCAUCAAUGUUAAUCAUAGUAAACAUGCUACAGCCAAUAACAAAGCCAGGUAA